CUUCGAAACAUGGAUGAACAAGUUUUGAUAGAAAUCUCAAAGCAUCUUAAGCCCAAGAGGUAUACUAAUCAAAUCAUUAUUAAAGAGGAUCGACCACUUGAAAUGAUGCUUUUUGUCGUGGAAGGACAUGUAAUCAUUAAAAAGAAAGAUUGUUCCAGUGAGUUCCAACUAGGUGCCGGAGAUCUGUAUGGAGAGAAACUUCUAGUUUGGCCAUCAUGGACGUCCUUCCAUGGGACAAGACCUAUAGCAACCGAGUCUGUUCAGGCCAUUGAUGAUGUUGAAGCCCUUGUUCUCUUGGCCAGCGACAUGGUCAGUAUAGGCUCUAGAUUCAGGUCAGAUUUCAAUAAGUUGGGGAUGAGUGAUCGAACGGAUUCGCAUUGGGAGCUUUUGACUUGUGACAAGGUGACUAUGCUACAAGAAGUGCCGAAGCUUCGAAACAUGGAUAAACAAGUGUUGAAAGCAAUGUCUGAACAUCUUCAAUCGAACGUCUAUGGACACAACGUCAACAUUGUUCAAGAGUACCGACCACUUAGCAUGAUGUUCUUCGUCACGAGGGGAAAGGUAAUAAAUGAUGAGACCGGUCGUGCAGGAUAUUUUUUUGGAGAAGAACUUGUUGAGUGGGUACUGGAUAAGUCUUUUCCUGAGAUACUACCCUUGUCGACCUGUACUGCUAAAGUAGUCUCAAACGAUGCUGAAUUCCUCGUUCUAACUGCAGAAGUCUUGAAGAGUUUAGCCUCUGAUAACUUCGUGUCACAUUUCAGCAAGAUCGCCUCUCCGCUAGAUCUUUUUACUUUUGUUCGGUUGACUAGGCUAAAGAAAGUGGAAAUAUUUCGACAUAUGGACAAACAAGUGUUGGAAGCAAUUUCUGAGCGUCUUGAUGUCGUGAACUACCCUUUUAAAAACACCUAUAUUAUUCGAGAGAACGAACCACUUAAAAUGAUGUUCUUCGUCGUGCGGGGAGUUGUAACUAUUGAAAACAACCGUAUUAUUGAAAGGCCAAAAACCUGUGAAAUGGGAGGUUUUUAUGGAGAAGAACUUGCACAUUGGGUUACAACUUGGGUAUCACAUAGCUCCUUUCCUGCCAAACUACCUUUGUCAACUGGUUCUGCGCUACGCGGCCCCCGUGGUGGUCCUGUUGAAAUCCUUGCUCUCAGUGCCGACGACUUGAAGAGUGUAGUCUCAAAAUUCAGAUCGAGUUUCACCAGGGAGAGCACCCUCCUUACAUAUUCUCAGUCAGAGCCUUCGACUCGGGACCCAUUGACUAUGCUAAAGAAUGUGGAAAGACUUAAGACUAUGGAUGAGAAAGUGUUGAAAGAAAUAUGUGGGCAUCUUGAGCUCAAAAAGUACGAAGAUGAGGACAUUAUUCAACUAAAUGAACCAAUGGAAAUGAUGUUCUUCAUCGUGAGGGGAGUUGUUGCGGUGACAAACGAGUACUGGAAACAUUACCGCAAUGAAGCAGAACGUUCAAAUCACAGUGGAGACGACCUUAUAGAAUAUUGGGCGCGAUCUAAAUAUACCGUCUUUUCUGCCGAGUUGCCCUUAUCUCCUUUUAGUUUUCGGGCCAUUGGUGAAGUUGAAGUUCUGGUUCUUAUGGCCAACGACUUGGCUAAGGUUCAGCCUUGUCGAAGUGUAACUAUAAUCGAUUAUUCAAUUAUUCAAGUUGAUUAGCAAUUUUGUUCUGGGCUUUGUAACUGUUAGAAUGUCAUGUGCUCUCUGCACAUAAAAUCCUUCCAUGUCCAAACGCACAGCAUAUCUCCUUCCGGUUAAGAACUUUGCCCAUGGCUCGUUCCUCAA